AUGAAUUCGACUGCUUCCUCGUUUGCUACAACUUUAAACUGGCAUGAUCCUACUGACGUUCAAGUUCGAAAACUCAUGAUGACGCGUCUACGUAGCCAUCCAGCUUUAGCACAGCACCAUCCGAUCCUGCAGGACACGAGUACCCAUCCGUCACUUUUGCAACGCCUUGAGUGGAUGUUGUACCAUUGUGCCGGUUCGCUAAGUGAGUAUCUUCACCAGCCAUCACUCGAGAGACGCGUUCAAAGUCUUGUGACCCACUACAAGCGAAAGUGUUCAGAUUUGGAGCCAAGUGAUACAACUCGCUCGUGCAAGCGAACGAGGUCGCGAAUAGAAAUCUGUGAAGACAAUUGCCGCAUCUAUAAAGCUACAAACUGUGUAUUUGAUAGCAAUAUCGACUUGUUGCAACAAGUUUACAGUUUUCUAGAUGGAAUGGAUAUUUUAAGAUCUCGUAGCGUCAACAAGUUCUUGUACUUGCAUGCACCGUCGUUGGUCAAAUCUUUACAUCUCGACAUUGGGUCGAUUUCAAGCACAAUUGCUCGAAAGGAUCAAGUGAAUGGACUAAAUACAAUAAUUUUAGAAUGCAAGAACUUAACAAGUCUACGAAUUUCAAAUCAAGCGAAUCAAUUAAAUGUCAAAGCAGGCGUCGUCUUUCCGCGAGCAUUAGCUUCGAACGAGAAAACAACAUUAACGACGGCUUCGUAUGGCUACUACGUCGUUUGUGCAGUUGCCAACGCACUGGAAGCUGGAGCAUGUCUUUUGCUUGAGAGAUUGGAAUUAGUGGCUCCAUUUCAUUUUGCCACCGAAAGUGACGCCGUGAUUGUGUUGCUUCGAUCACUGACAAAUCUACAUACAAACUUUAGAAACCCAUUGCAACAUUUGGUGCUUGACGCGACCUUUCUUGGGGACUGCGGGAUUAGUCAAAUUGCUGAUUUGUUUGAGACCCACAUUUCGUUUUUUGAGCGUCUACAGACGCUAACGGUGCGAAACAAUUUCAUGGGUGAAUCUGGUUGUCGCGCAUUGCUGGAAGCCAUUGAAACGUUUAGUGAGCUGCGAGUACUUGACUUGAGUCGCAAUAUCUUGAGCAAUACGGACGCAUUUGCUCUAGCGGAUCUACUUGAUGUUUCAGUGACAGAUUUGAGCAUGGUAGAUAUGGAUGAGAGCUGGGAGGCUUUAUCGCUCGAUAGCGAUCACUUUUGUAUGCUAGGACUUGCAGGACUACGAAGUCUAAAGCUUCAAGAGAAUUUUAUCACGUGCGACGGCUUACACGCCAUUACAAUUGCAUUGUGCUCUCGAAAAGAUUUUGUUGCUACAGAGGGGGAUGUUGUUGCCGAUGUUGACCAGAUUACUGAAGACAGAAUGGAUGAAGAGCACUAUUAG